GUAAACUCACCGCGCCGGGCGGGCGGCAGCGCGCGGGUAGCGGGCUGAGCUGGGCACUGCGCGGGGCGCACGGCUCGGGGGACCCAGGCCCCGCCACCUGCGCUCUGUCCCCGGGCUGCGUUCUCACUUUCGAGCUGUGGAAGGCUAGCAAGCGGGAACCAUGCAGUCGGAAUCGGGGAUCGUGCCGGAUUUCGAAGUCGGGGAGGAGUUUCACGAAGAGCCCAAAACCUAUUAUGAACUCAAAAGUCAACCUCUGAAGAGCAGCAGUUCCGUGGAGCAUCCUGGGGCCUCCAAGCCUCCGAUAAGCUCCUCCAGUAUGACAUCACGCAUCUUGCUACGCCAGCAACUCAUGCGUGAGCAGAUGCAGGAGCAAGAACGCAGAGAGCAGCAGCAGAAGCUGCAGGCCGCUCAGUUCAUGCAACAGAGAGUGCCCGUGAGCCAGACCCCAGCCAUAAACGUCAGCGCGCCCGCCACACUUCCCUCUGCCACUCAGGUGCCCAUGGAAGUCCUCAAGGUGCAGACCCACCUGGAAAACCCCACCAAGUACCACAUACAGCAAGCCCAAAGGCAGCAGGUAAAGCAGUACCUUUCUACCACUUUAGCAAAUAAACAUGCCAACCAAGUCCUGAGCUUGCCAUGUCCAAACCAGCCUGGCGACCAUGUCAUGCCACCAGUGCCCGGGAGCAGCGCACCCAACAGCCCCAUGGCCAUGCUCACACUUAACUCCAACUGUGAAAAAGAGGGAUUUUAUAAGUUUGAAGAGCAAAACAGGGCGGAGAGCGAGUGCCCAAGCCUGAAUGCUCAUUCCCGAGCAUCGUGUAUGCAGAUGGAUGAUGUAAUUGAUGACAUCAUUAGCCUGGAAUCAAGUUAUAAUGAAGAAAUCCUGGGCCUGAUGGAUCCUGCCUUGCAAAUGGCAAAUACGUUACCUGUCUCUGGAAACUUGAUAGACCUGUACAGCAACCAAGGCCUGCCGCCCCCAGGCCUCACCAUCAGCAACUCCUGUCCUGCCAACCUUCCCAACAUAAAAAGAGAGCUCACAGAGUCUGAAGCAAGAGCAUUGGCUAAAGAGAGGCAAAAAAAGGACAAUCACAAUUUGAUUGAACGAAGAAGAAGAUUUAACAUAAAUGACCGCAUUAAAGAACUAGGUACUCUGAUCCCCAAGUCAAAUGACCCGGACAUGCGCUGGAACAAGGGAACCAUUUUAAAGGCAUCUGUGGACUAUAUCCGAAAGCUACAGCGAGAACAGCAACGUGCAAAAGAACUUGAGAACCGCCAGAAAAAGCUGGAGCACGCCAACCGGCAUUUGUUGCUCAGAAUACAGGAGCUUGAGAUGCAGGCUCGAGCUCAUGGACUUUCCCUUCUCCCAUCCACGGGUCUCUGCUCUCCGGAUUUGGUGACUCGGAUCAUCAAGCAAGAGCCUGUUCUUGAGAACUGCAGUCAAGACCUGCUGCAGCACCAUGCAGAGCUGACUUGUACGACUACCCUUGAUCUCACAGAUGGUACCAUCACCUUCACCAACAACCUCGGGUCUGGGCCUGAGAGCAACCCAACCUAUAACGUGCCCACAAAGAUGGGAUCCAAACUGGAAGACAUCCUGAUGGACGAUACACUCUCCCCUGUUGGCAUGACUGACCCACUCCUAUCCUCAGUUUCCCCAGGAGCUUCCAAAACAAGCAGCCGGAGGAGCAGUGUGAGCAUGGAAGAAACUGAGCAUGCAUGUUAGCGACACCGCCCUGCUCAGCCCCCUCACAAACUGCUUCCUUUCUUCAUUAGUAGACUUCAUAAUUUACCCGAAGGGGUUUUUCUUGAUAAUUUUCCUUUAAUAUGAAUUUUUUCAUGCUUUAUCAAUAGCCCAGGAUAUAUUUUAUUUUUAGAAUUUUGUGAAACAGACUUGUAUAUUCUAUUUUACAACUGCAAAUGCCUCCAAAGUAUUGUACAAAUAAGUGUGCAGUAUCUGUGAACUGAAUUCUCCAGACAUAAGCUUUCUGAGCAAGAGGAUUUUGCAUCAGAGAAAUAGCUGUCCAUUUUUAUUCAGGGGAAAUCUUGGUUUGAGAUUUUUAUGCCUGUGACUUCCUUGGAAAUUACAUGUAAAGUUUAAUUGAAAGAAUGUAAAGCACCCCUCCCCUAAAAAAAGAAGAAGAGGAAGAAAGAGAAAAAGAUAUCCAUACUAACCCUUUUCCAUUUUAUAAAUUUAUUGAUUCCUUGGUACUGCCUUAAAGACACAGUACCAUUCCAGCAUCAUUUAGUCUACAUUGCAAACUAUUUAAAGGAAGAGUAUGUUCUGUAAAAAACAAAAAAAGCAGCCAUUUUCAUGAGCAUUGUCUGGUUAGAAAACUUAACUGAUACUAACCAAACUGAAAGGAUCUAGACCAAGGCUCAAAAACAGUCUACUCUUGCUGUCUUUUAUGCUGAGCAGUUACAGUUUUCUUCAUUGAUGAGUGUGAUUCAAUUUUUUCAUAAGAAAAAUUUUUCAUACUUUAUUUUGAAAUGGAAAUGAAUGUCCUCUCAAAGUGAAAUAUUGAGGCGCACUGAACAUUUGUUUUACAUAUUUUUUUCAUUUAUGCUUUUGAUAAGACAACCAAACUGUGCACAUUUCUAAAUUGGCUUUCCUGUUUUUAUUUUUAAAUUAUGUUUUAGUCAUUUGAUUUGUACAGAUUCUUUAUUAUCAUUGUUCUUUUCAAUGUUUGUAUUAAUUUUUAAGAAUAUGCAUCUUAAAAUGGCAAGUUUUCAAUAUUUUUACAGCUCAUGAUGGUUUUCUGCAUUCUUUGUAAACCCACGAAUGAAAACUUUUAUGCAAGGUCUUGCGUUUAGAGAGCUUUGCAGAUAUUUUGUAUGUUACAGUCUCACUCGAAACUGUUUUCCAACACAUUUAAAGUGUAGUAUUAAUAGGUUAAAACCAGGCUUUCUAGAAAGAAUAAACUUACAUAUUUAUUUUUAGGAUACAAAAACAGCAAUAUUCUUGGAAAACAAUACCAUAGCACCACUAUGCCCACUAUGGCCAUUCAAAUUGAGGUGUAUUUCAACAAACUUGCUGGAUUUUUUUAAAGAGAGAAAUGCUGUAUUGGCAAAUUACUGUUACUUGUUAACAAAUGUUUUAACAAACAGACAUGCUGUACAGUUAGUUUCAGUGCAUUAUCUACUUGUGUAACCCUAUGCAAUAACAGUAGUGUUCCAUGUAUCCAGCCUAGAUAUUUUAUACAGAUGACAUACAGUGUUACAAGUCAGGCUGUUGAAUGGGAUUUCUCAGUGACAGCCUAGAGUUGAAUAGCGGGUGGCAUACAGCAUAUCCAUUCAGAAUGAAGUGCCUUAAUAUAUAAGCAGUAGUCUAUUUUGGACUAGCACUGACUGAACUGUAAUGUAGGAGAAUGUUUGAAGAUGGUAUCUAUAGUGGAAAGGAACACGUAGCAUGGUGCCUACGUAGACAAUAUAAGAGCUUCCAAUUUUCCUUCAGAUAUUUUUUAAUAUGAAAUAUAUUUUAGUGACAGAGUGCCAACUUCUUUCAUCAGGAAACCUUAUUCAGGAGGGUUUUUAAAAAGUGUUUAAAUGUCAAAUGUGAAUUGGUGAUGGGUGAUGGAAUGGUUCGAGAGGAGUGAUUGUCAGAUGCAUGAAUGGAUGGCCUUGGUGAAAAUCAUCAACUGCUUAGUUCCCAUGCACAUUAGGCGUUGAGAAUCUUUGGAAACAUUGAUGAUGCUAUCAGUUUAUAGCUUUAUUACUUAAGGGAGUAGGGAAACGAAAUUCCCAUUCUUUCAACUCCCUUAAUUGUAUAGCUCUUUUUCCUAGAAUAGUAAUGCAAAUCUGCAUGAACAGAGCUAAUUGUACCAUAGUGUUCAUUGAUACAAUCAUAGCAUUGUCUAUUUUUCUCUUCAUAUUUAUAUGGGGGAGGGGAAUGGGUGUGACAGUUGAAGAUCACUAUGCUAUGAUGCUAGUUUUCCUUAGCUGAUUUUGAGGGUUUUUAACAAUAGAGCAAGGUUUCAUAAGGUUGACCAACCCAUAGCUGAGGAAAUAUGGCUGUGGUGGAGCAUCUUUAUAGAAUACUUUGUUGAGAGAAGGUAUGGCAUCUCGUACCACUGUCCUGAGACUCGCAGCUCCUGAUCUUCCCGUCACCUGCUUCCCUGUCUCCUUCCUCUAAUGAGACAGCUGCUGGGAGAGGCAGGUGAGCAAGCCACCAGAAGGCUGCAACCUUGGGGGUGGUUUUAUUUAUUUCUUUUUUGCCAAACAGUGUGGAUUUCUUUCAGGGACUAGUUAAGCCAAGAGGCAGUGGUUUGGGCUAGUUGUUUUUAAUAAGAGAAUGAUCCACACCUCUCCCCCAGUCCCUGGGUGCAAAAUUGUAACUCAGGGUUGGGCCUCCUUUUGGAGUGACCAAAAUACCAAAAUUAUUCACCUGCCUCUGGGUAAGGCAAUGGAAAUACCAAACCUUCUGACUUUGCCAAAAACAGGACAACCAACCUAGUCAUACAAAGAGGAUGACAAAGUUCUUUCUGGUUGUUUUUGAACAAUAAAGCAAUAAGAACAAAUAAAGUAUAUAGGCUGUUAAAAGAUAUAACACAAAGCACAAAAGAAUGCACUUAUUAAUAUUUUUGAAUAUGCACUGGGGAAAAGUUGAUGUUGAUUACAGUAUAAAAAUCUGUUAUCAUUUCUUGAUAAAAAUGACAAAUGACUGUCUCUUACGGACGCUUGGUACUGUAAUGUUAAUAGUAGUCACCUGCUGUUGGGUACAGCAAUAAUUUCUGUAUGGUCCAUAGCACUGUAUAUUCUGGAUUGAUAUUAAUGUAUCCAAUGAAAUAAUUGAACUGUUGUUCUUGAUAGCCUCAUUAAAGCAUUUGGUUUUUCACAUA